AUGUCUGCCGAAGAUCAGGUCAAGCUCGACAACUUUCCAGGCAUUUUCGACCUUACCGGCAAAGUUGCCGUAGUGACCGGCGGAUCGCGAGGUCUGGGUCUUCAUGCUGCGUCGGGUCUCCUCCAAGCCGGCUGCUCCAAGGUCUAUAUCACCUCGCGUAAGAAGCAAGCUUGCGAUGAGGCUGUUGAAGCUUUGAACAAAAUCCCAAAUCGUCGCCCCGGUGCCAAGGCAAUCUCCGUGCCUGCUGACAGCUCGCGCAUGGACGAGCUGGACCGGUUGGUUGCGGAAGUGAGCAAGACAACUGACCAUGUCGAUAUCCUCUUUGCCAAUGCUGGAGCGACCUGGGGAGAAAAGUUUGACACGCACCCUGAGUCGGCUUUCUCAAAGGUCAUGGACCUGAAUGUGAAGAGUGUGUUCUACAGUGUCCAGAAAUUCGCCCCUCUUCUUACUGCGAAGGCAACUCGUGAUGAUCCAUCUCGCGUGAUUAUUACCGGCUCUGUCGCCGGUAUUGGAAUUGGCACUAUCGGUGAAAAUGCCACACCCAGCUACUCCACCUCCAAGGCCGCUGUGAUUCAUAUGGCAAAGAAUCUGGCUGUUGAACUGGGACCACGGCACAUCCUGACCAAUGCUAUUGCCCCUGGGUUUUAUCCAUCCAAAAUGGCCUCUGGUUUGAUGGAACUUAAGGGUGGCGUGAAACAUCUUGAGGACUUUUCACCCAAUCUUCGUUUGGGCCGGCCGGAAGACAUUGCAGGACUGGUUGUGUUCUUGAGCUCCCGGGCGGGUAGCCACUUGAAUGGAGCAGUCAUUGCGACAGACGGGGGGGCAGUUCUGAAAGGGAGACUGUGA